UUCUCUGUCUAUCCACUCUGGUCUCUCCCCUCUGCCUGCCUGCGUGCCUUGCCAACCGAGCCAUUCGGUCUGACCAUCCCAGACUCAUUUCAUUCAAAAGAAAAAAAAACUACUCCAGAUUUCAGAAUGACCACCUAUAGGAGCAGCUCUUACAGUGUGAAGAGUUCUUCUGCCCCGCUGAGCUUCAGCAGCAGCUCCUAUGCCGGACCAGGCAGUGUCACCUCCCGCAGGAGCUACAGUCUCAAGAGUUCCUAUGGAGGAACCAACAGGGGCUUUGGAGGAGCUGGCAUCACCAGCAGCUCUGCCUAUGGCUUGAGCUCCAGCAUGGGUGGUGCAAGUAUGGGUAUGGGCAUGAGCUUCGGUGGUGGCAUGGUCUCUCAGGCCCCCAUCACCGCCGUGACUGUGAACAAGAGCCUGCUGGCCCCCCUGAACCUCGAGAUUGACCCCACCAUCCAAGCCGUCCGCACCCAGGAGAAGGAGCAGAUCAAGAGCCUCAACAACCGCUUUGCUUCCUUCAUUGACAAGGUUCGCUUCCUGGAGCAGCAGAACAAAAUGCUGGAGACCAAGUGGAACCUGCUGCAGGGGCAGACCACCACCCGCUCCAACAUCGACGCCAUGUUUGAGGCCUACAUCGGCAACCUGCGCAGACAGCUGGACAGCCUGGGCAACGACAAGAUGAAGCUGGAGGCCGACCUGCACAACAUGCAGGGCCUGGUGGAGGACUUCAAGAACAAAUAUGAAGAUGAGAUCAACAAGCGCACAGAGUGUGAGAAUGACUUUGUCCUCAUCAAGAAGGAUGUCGAUGAGGCCUACAUGAAUAAGGUUGAGCUGGAGGCCAAACUUGAGAGUCUGACAGAUGAGAUCAACUUCCUCAGGUCGAUCUAUGAGGAGGAACUGCGUGAGCUCCAGAGCCAGAUCAAGGACACUUCAGUCAUUGUGGAGAUGGACAACAGCCGCCACCUGGACAUGGACGCCAUUGUGGCUGAAGUCAAGGCACAGUAUGAGGACAUCGCUAACCGCAGCCGCGCUGAAGCAGAGACAUGGUACAAGACCAAGUUUGAGGAGAUGCAGACAUCCGCCAGCAGAUAUGGAGAUGACCUGAGGGCUACUAGGACAGAGAUUGCAGACCUCAACCGCAUGAUCCAGAGACUGACAUCAGAGAUUGAUGCCGUCAAGGGACAGCGUGCCAACCUGGAGGCCCAGAUCGCUGAGGCUGAGGAGCGCGGUGAAAUGGCAGUGAAGGACGCCAAGGCCCGCAUCAGGGACCUGGAAGACGCCCUGCAGAGAGCCAAACAGGACAUGGCCCGCCAGAUCAGAGAAUACCAGGACCUGAUGAACGUCAAGCUGGCUCUGGACAUUGAGAUCGCCACCUACAGGAAACUGCUGGAGGGAGAAGAGGACAGGCUGGCAAAUGGCAUCAAGGCUAUCAACAUCUCCCAACAGAGCACAAGCUACAGUGGUUUCCCCAUGGACAGCAUGAAGAGCAGCUACUCCAGCAGCUACUCCAGUGGUUUUAGCAGUGGAUAUGGCAGCGGUGUGGGCGGCUUCAGCGGCGGCAGUGCCGGCGGAUACAGCACCACCCAGAGCAAGAAGAAUGUCGUUAUCAAAAUGAUUGAGACCAAGGACGGCAGAGUGGUGUCCGAGUCCUCUGAGGUCAUUGAGGAUUGAGCUGUCUACUUUAGAGGUGUAGCUACUUGUCUGCUAUGAUCUCCUCUGCCUCUCUGGUAGUUUUUUUUACUCACAGUUCACCCCCUGCCCAAACUAUCAUAAUAAACAACUCUGAAGUUAAAAUGCUUGCCAGCCACUCUCCAGUAGAACCGAAACAUGUUUUUCAUGAAGCAAUAAAUGAACACUACCAAAGCUCUGAAAGGGACCAAAGAAUUUAUGAUCUGAUGUCUGAUGUCUAACUGUCUGUACAAAAAAAAAAAAGUUUUGUUUUAGAAAGUGAGAUUUAAAAAAAAAAAAAAAAAAUGGGCAAAUUGCAACUAUAAAAAUAAACACUUCUUUGAAAUCUAUGCAACAGCUAUUUCAUACAGGAAGGGUUGUCACCUUCCAAACGGUGUUGCAUCAAAUGGAAAGUGCCGUUGUCAAAGGAAUGUGAAUGUACUGAAACAGUGCUUCAGUGUUGUUGGUCAACUAAUGUCUUAAAAUUGCCUGCUGCAGUAGGUAGUGCAUGUCUUCCCUGUGUGAGUCCUGUAACUGAAAACUGUUCGACCCCUUAGGAGGCUGCCCACAUCAUACUGUUGUCCUGAGGUGCUGUUUUUGCUACCAAACAAAAUAAAAAUGUGUUUACUGAAAAAA